AUGAUGAGUGAACAUAUUCGAGAAGAUUAUAAAACUGGAAGGAUUGUUUUAAAUGAGAAAGAAUUAGUUGAAAUAAGUUUUGCUUUAUUAAUUCUUCGAUUAUUUCAACCAGAAUUUUAUUUUAUUGGCAUGGUAUUUAUAUUAUUCGGAGGUUCACUUUUAGGCAUCUCUAUGCUCAGACGACGACAUAACAUAGAUGUUUUAGAUCAAUCUAAACCAUUUAAAACAGCUGGUAAAUAUGUAGUUAUAACUGGACUUAUCAGCAUGUUCACUUAUGUUACUUUAUUGGUUAUGAUUUUUCAAAAUGUUUUAGAAUUAAUUGGAUAG